CGUGAUGACGCGGCACGCUGGCUUCUUGCAGCAGCUGAGUGCGGGACCCUGCGCGUUUGGUUCCUCCGUCGUGUCUCUUUGGGGCUUCUGUCGACCAUGAACAGCGUCGGAGAGGCCUGCACCGACCUGAAGCGGGAGUACGACGUGUGCUUCAACCGAUGGUUCGCCGAGAAGUUCCUGAAGGGGGACCGGAGCGGCGACCCGUGCACCGAGACCUUCCGCAAGUACCAGCGCUGCGUGCAGAAGGCCAUCAAGGAGAAGGACAUCCCGAUCGACGGCGUGGAGUUCAUGGGCCCCAACAAGGACAAACCCGAGAGCUGAUGGAGAGCAGACGCGCACGGAUCAUCGAUACGGAUAUCAAAACCUGGAGUGCGUGUGUCCACGAGGCCCACUGAGCAUGCGCAGAAGACGACGGCGUGGACUGAAGGGGGGCCUGAGCGGUGUGCGGGUUUAGAGUUAAACCCUCAGAACUGAUCCCAGAUCGGAGGAUUUGAGUUUUAAAGCUGCAGCAACAUGAUGUCUGUAGUCCAGUAGUCUGUUUUCAGGGCCUGUUGGAAUCCAUUGAUUGUCUCAGUCAUCAAGUGAAACCUCAGUUUAUCCUUUGCUUAUUCUGCAGCUUCUCUACUUUCUGUUUUUCACAGCAUUAUAAAGUGAAUGACUCUGGAUUUCGCUCUGUCGGUGGGACAAAACAAGAUUCCGGUGGAAUCACGAUGGACAUUUGUUUUAGAUUUAUAGAAUAAAGUUUUGGCAGGCAGUUAAUUUCACAAACAUUUUCUGUUGUAUUUUUUUGUGUUGUUGAUCUUCAGGCCAGACACCAGUGAAACGGGCUUCACAAUAAAUCUUUACAGGCUAAAAGUAUAAAUAAAUAAAUAAAAGCUGGUUUUGCA